AUGGACGAUGAUCAGAAGGUAAAUCUUUCUUCCCUCCAUUUAGAUAGCAAGGCUGAUGUAUGGUUUCAAGAUUAUCAAGCUUGUAAACCAGUAGUAAUUUGGGAGGAGUUCCUUAGAGAUCUUUGUAGACGCUUUCAAGAACUUGGACAUGAUGAUAUUGUUGGAGAACUUAAUAAACUCUGUCAAAUUGGUAUUGUUAACGACUACUUAGAAAUUUUUGAAGAACUUAAAGCUCUCAUGAUAACUAAGAAUGGGUACCUUACUGAAUCCUACUUUACUUCAAGCUUCAUUAGUGGGCUUAAGAAAGAACUCAGAGAAGCAAUUUUGGAGAAUGCUUCUAAAAAGAACAGAGCAGUCCAUAGGCCACCACCUCUUUAUGUGCCAUCCUACACUGCUUCUAACAAAAAAAAUUCUCCUACUACAAGUCCUAGAGUUCAUUUAAAACCAAUCAGCACCAGCAACACAAGACAACACUCCACUCUACCUCCCAUUAAGAAGCUUUCAUAUGAUGACAUGAGAGAUAGAAGAGAAAAGGGACUUUGUUAUAAUUGUGAUGAAGUAUUCUCCUAUGGCCAUAAGUGCAUCAAACAACAGAUAUAUAUGUUAGCAGAAGAUGAAGAGGAAGGUAUUGUUUCUGAGGCUACAUCACCAGCUACACACUUACAGUUGGAGCAUGAAACUGAGGAGGAAGUGGAAGUCUCAGCUGCUCACUUACGUGGUGCUACAAUACUUCCUACUGCUGCCUUACAAGUUGUUGUGGAUGAUGGAAACAAGUUAGUUAGUGAUGCAAAAUGCCCUGCCUUCAAGUGGAAAAUGCAGGAGCAUUCAUUUCAGUUUGUUAUGAGAUUGCUGAAACUAGGUGGUUGUGACAUGGUUUUGGGUAUUUACUGGAUGAAGGAACACAGUCCCGUGGUUUUUGAAUUUAACAGACUUAUUGUUUCCUUCACUACCAGUGGCAUUAACAUUAUUCUCCAAGUUCAACCUGAGUCCACUAGAUUAUCUUGUAUGACUGAGAAUGAUCUUCAAAAGUUCCUUCAAAAGAAUAAGCAUGGAUUGGUUGGACAUCUUUUCUCUAUAUCUGCUGACCCCCCUCCAUCUUCAAUGCCCACACCCAUACAAAAAUUGCUUGAUUCUUAUUCUUCAAUUUUUCUGGAACCCACAUCACUUCUACCAUCUAGGGCACAUGAUCAUCAUAUUCCUCUUAAACCAUCUUCAUUGCCCCCCAAUCAAAGGUCACACAGAAUCCCUUAUGUACAAAAGGAAGUUGUGGAAAAACUAGUUCAAGAAAUGUUAUCUUCUGACUAUAGGAAGAUCAAUGAUAUUACAAUCAAGGAUAAAUAUCCAAUUCCUGUCAUAGAGGAGCUUCUAGAUGACUUAAAAGGAGCUAUUGUAUUUUCCAAGAUAGACUUAAGGUCUGGCUAUCACCAAAUUUUGGUUUAUCCUCAUGAUACUCACAAGACUUCCUUUAAAACUCAUCAAGGUCACUAUGAGUUUUUGGUUAUGCCCUUUGGGCUAACUAAUGCCUCGGCAUCAUUUCAAACUCUCAUGAAUGAUGUUCUUUCCCCAUACUUGAGGAAAUUCAUCUUGGUCUUCUUUGAUGACAUAUUAAUCUACAAUCCUGACAUGGCUUCUCAUCUACAACACUUAAAGAUUACUCUUUAUCUUCUGCACCAGCAUUCACUAUUUGCAAAAAUGAGUAAGUGUACCUUUGGCCAACCUCAAAUUGAGUACUUAGACCACAUUAUCAGUGGAGAAGGAGUGGUUGCUGAUCCUUCAAAAAUUGAGUGCAUGCUUAAAUGUCCUACUCCAACUUCAUUGAAAGAGUUAAGGGGAUUCCUGGCUCAACCUGCUUUUGAGCAGCUCAAAGUACUUGUUACUUCUACUUCAGUCUUAAGUUUGCCUGACUUCUCCAAACCAUUUGAAAUUGAGACUGAUGCUUGUGAUGUGGGAGUGGGUGCAGUGCUGAUGCAGGAGAAAAAUCCUAUUGCUUACUUUAGUAAAGGAUUGGGUCUAAGAUUUUCAGCUAAGUCAGCUUAUGAAAAAGAACUCAUGGGAAUUGUACUGGAAGUGAAUAAGUGGAGGCCAUAUCUACUAGACAAUCAUUUUACUAUUUUUACUGACAUCAAAGUCUGA